CCCUCCCAAGAAAACCCAGUUGCCACGUGUCCAGUUCAGAUUCUUGGCGACGAUCAAAAGCCCAAAUAUCUCGUUGCCAACUGAACUAAAUUCCUGCAAGAAAAACAGUGAGGAACCAAAAACCAAGGCCAUGGCUUCUCUUGCAACCUUAGCUGCUGUUCAACCAACGACAAUUAAGGGCCUUGGUUGCAGCUCCCUCAGCGGAACCAAGCUCUUUGUCAAGCCAACUCGCCAGAGUUUGAAACACAAGAACUACAGGGCCGGUGCUGUGGUAGCAAAGUAUGGUGAUAAGAGUGUUUACUUUGAUUUGGAGGAUAUUGGCAACACAACUGGGCAAUGGGACUUAUAUGGAUCUGAUGCGCCUUCCCCAUAUAACCCUCUCCAGAGCAAGUUCUUUGAGACAUUUGCAGCUCCAUUCACCAAGAGAGGAUUGUUGCUCAAGUUCCUGAUCUUUGGAGGCGGUUCCCUCCUUGUUUUCCUCAGUGCCACCGCUUCUGACGACCUUUUACCAAUCAAGAAGGGUCCACAACUUCCCCCAAAGCCCGGUCCCCGUGGCAAGAUCUAAUUUAGUGGAACUCUUUAGCUUUCCAUUGUAUGUAUCUUCGAUUCUUUUAGUUUUGAAACAUGUAAUCCUAAAAAAUUACCUUUGUUAUCAAUCCAAAGACAUUUGCUUCAUGCAUAAUCGGUGUAUUACUUUCAGUUUUAGAAUCUUUGGUCUUUGAUAAUGAUCCUGUCACUUCUGAUUACAUAUCAGUACUGCCAUUCAAGAACUAAUAGUGUCCAUUGCCAUU